AUGGUGAAGUGCUACAUUUUGGCUUCUAUGUCAAAUGUACUUCAACAUCAGCAUCAUUCCUAUGAAUUCGCUCAUGAAAUCAUGGAGACCCUUCAAUCCCUCUUUGGGACUCAGAAUCGAUCUGCUAGAUCUCUAUCGAUCAGGAGUCUCAUGAAUAAGACUAUGAAGGAGGGCACACCAGUUAGGGACCAUGUCCUUGAAAUGAUGCGCCACCUCAAUCAAAUUGAGGUCUUUGGAGGAUCAAUAGAUCCAGAUUCUCAGGUGGACAUAAUACUCCAGAGUCUUCUAGCAAGCUUUCAGUAG